AUGGAACAAGAAUGUUAUGCUUUUAUUUGUGCAUUAGAUAAAUGGCAUAAUUAUUUAAGUGGAAUUAAAUUCGCAUGGAAAACUGAUCAUAAAGCAUUAACACAAUUAAAUCAAAAAGCUCAAGUUAAUAAACGAUGUGAAAGAUGGGGAUUAAAAAUCUUAGAAUAUGAUUUCAAGGUGAAAUACAUUCCAGGUUUAACAAAUUCCACGCCUGAUUAUUUAUCAAGAUCUCCAGUAGACGAUGCUGAAGAAGAUCCUGAUGAAACUACACAUCUUAUUUCAAAAUCAACACAAACCGAUAUUUUAUAUGAUAACAUCCAUUCACCCAUCAUCACAGCUGUUGAAACUCGUGCUAUGAAAUUACGAAAUCAAACUUUAAAUGAUACAAAUGAUAAUAAAAAAUUACAAUCAGAUUCUCUAAAUACUUCCAUUGAAGAGAAUCGAAUUAUUCCAUUUUCAAUUGAAGACUUAAUACAAGCUCAACAAAAUGAUAAUUAUGCAAAAAAUAUUCUAAACAACAUCAAGAAAUAUAAAAAUUAUAUUAUAAAAAAUAAUCUUUUAAUGCAUCGAUCCAAACCUCUAGUUCCCUAUGUACCACAAGGUGAUCUUCGAAAAACAAUCUUACAAAUUUAUCAUGAUACUGCAGCAAAUGGUGCUCAUUUCGGAAGAGAUAAAACAAUACAUAAAAUUAAACAACGUUAUUUUUGGCCAUCAAUGUACAAAGAUAUUAAUAAUUAUGUUAAAUCAUGUAUACCUUGUGCUCAGUCUAAUCCUCGUCGACAAAAUAAUCCUGGUAAAUUACGACCAAUUCAACCUCCAGAAGGGGUAUGGCAACUAGUAUCUAUGGAUUUCCACGGUCCUAUCAAUCCAACAUCUCGUCGUGGAAAUAAAUAUAUUAUAUGUCUUACUGACAUCUUAUCAAAAUUUGUGGUGACAAAGGCAGUACGUGAUAAUUCGGCUCAAACAGCUGCUAAAUUUCUUAAAGAAGAUAUUAUUUCAAAAUUCGGUACCCCUCGAUGUAUUUUGACCGAUAAUGGCACUCACUUUACAUCAACAAUUAUGAAUGAAUUAAUUAAACAAAUUGGAUCAACACAUUUAUAUACAACACUAUAUCAUCCCCAAUCGAAUGGUCAAGUUGAACGAUUCAAUUCGACAAUGGAUGCAAAAAUUUCUGCACUAUCAAAUCUACAAAAAACAGAUUGGGAUGAUCAGCUACCCUUUGUAACAUUCAAUUAUAAUACAACAAUCCAUGCUUCAACCAAGCAAAUUCCAUUUGAAAUGAUGUACGGUCGAACGCCUAUAUUACCACUGGAUUAUCAAGAUAACAACGUUACAUUAUCAUAUGAUCCUGAACAUUCGAAAAAAUUAAACCAAUUUCUAGCAAAAGUAAAUGAACAAGCCAAACAAAAUAUUAUUAAAAAUCAAGCACGUUAUAAAGAACGUUAUGAUAGAAAUCGUUCUGAUCCAUCUUAUCAAAUUGGCGAUCUUGUCCUCGUUAAAACGCUUAAUAUUCGUCACAAGUUCGAUAUUCGUUAUGAAGGGCCAUUUCGAAUAAUUAGAAAACUCACAUCAAAAACAUUCAUCAUACAACACAUAAAAAAACCCACAUUAUAUCGUCAAGUUACAACUGAUGUGUUACUCUCAAUUUUCGAACGUAUUCAUUAA